CAGCACACAUCAAGAUGAUUACAGUGUGUGUGUGUGUGUGUGUGUGUGUGUGUGUGUGUGUGUGUGUGUGUGCAGCGGCGCUACAGUGCAUCUGACCCUUCACCCACUUCCAGCACUGUGAGUUCUCACGCUUCUCAGCGCUAUAUAAGGCUGAAAUAACCGAGACCACCUUACCCACGGCUUCACGACUAGCAGCAGCAUGUUAUCCUAUCUUACUCGCUGGAUGUCCAGAGGUGCUUUCCAUGCACUGAAGGGGGCAAGCAGUAGGCCUCAACUGGUCAAGACACCUCAUAUUGGGAAUCAGACACUGGCGGCGGCUCCUCUGCCCUUCGCUGGGGGGAGUCCAGGAGUAAGGCAGGCCCGGGCACUGGACCAGGAGAGACUACUGCAGAUUGACUGGGAUGACGGGAGUUGUAGCUUGUAUCCAUUCACCUGGUUAAGGGAUAACUGCCAGUGUCCUCACUGCACGCUGCGGUCAGCUCAAGCACGCAGCCUGCUCUUCUCAAAUCUGGACGUGCACACCGGAAUGGACCAAGUGCAGCUGAUGGACAAUAAGGUGUCCAUUACUUGGCCUGAUCAGCACAGUAGUGAGUUUGACCCCGACUGGCUGAAGAAACGGUGUUUUUCCUCUGAGGCAAGACAGGCUCUGCAAGAGGAGCUCUUCCUUAAUGAGCGUGAAUACUGGGAUUCAAGUCUGCAGAUCCCUACUGCUGACUUUGAGGAAGUUCUGCAUGAUGACAAGGCUGCCCUGGCCUGGCUAGAGGCUCUGAGACGCAUUGGUAUUGUGUACUUGAGGGGGGCGCCAACAGAGCAGGGCCAGGUGGCCAGACUGAGUCAGAGGAUUGGCUAUCUACGCCUCACCUUUUACGGACACACAUGGCAAGUGCAGGACAAGCCCAUGGCUAACAACGUUGCAUACACUUCUGGAGAAUUAAGCCUACACACAGAUUACCCUGCUCUGCACCAUCCACCUGGAGUGCAGUUCCUGCACUGUGUCCGUCAGGCUGAUCAGGGCGGAGAGAGUGAAGUGGUUGAUGGCUUUCAUAUGGCGGAGCAGCUCCGCAGGGAGGAUCCUGAGGCGUUUAACAUCCUCUCCUCACUCAGGGUGGAUUUCACAGACAGCGGUGCUGACUACUGUGACUUCAGCGUGCAGUCCAAAAACCACAUUAUAGAUGUGGAUUCUGAGGGCCGGGUGAUGAGGAUCAACUAUAACAACGCCACACGAGACUCGGUGCUGGAUAUGCCUGUGCAUCAGGUUCAGCCCUUCUACUCGUCUCUGAAGGCCUUUGUGGAGCUGCUCAGCAGGCCGGAAAACAUAUUCACGUACAGAAUGGAACCAGGUGACUUGGUGACCUUUGAUAACUGGCGUCUGUUGCAUGGCCGAAAGAGCUACCUGUCACAAGGCCAGAACUCAAGACAUCUUGAAGGAGCCUAUCUGGACUGGGAUGAGGUCAUGUCCCGUCUCAGGAUCCUCCGGAAAGCUGUCCGUGGAGAUAGCUAGACAGUUACGAUAGGAAGUUGAGGUCUAAUAUUUGGAUUGGGUUUUGGUUUAGUGUUGCUUCCUGAUAACUUCACUGUAGAAAACUUCAAGUCCUAGGGAUAUUUUCCAUUGGCCAUUUCAGUUUUGGCAAGCGGAUAUUUGUUCUUCUGUAGUUAAUAUAACGCUAUAAAUGCUGCCUUUUACUGCAGGAGUCUACAGCUCUUUCUUGCACUUAGAAAGUGUAGUCAUUUUCUUUGUCUUGUUGUUUUACUUGUUCUUUGGUAUAAGGGACAGUUUGCCAGAGGUAAUUAGGUUUGAGUCUUAAUAUGUUAAUGACGAUCACGAGCCAUGGGGAAAUUUUAAAACUAAAUGCUUAGCAUAUGUAUGGACAGCUGCCCAAAAUACGGGUUGAUCUAAUAAAAAGGGUUCAUUCUGAAGCACUAAUGUUUUCAUCAGUCGUAUAGUCCACGUUGUCACAAAAGUGACAUCUUCGGCACAGUUUGUGAUGUAUAUUAUUUUCCAUUUUAGCUUUUAUGUAUUUCACAUACGGUGUGAACAAAACUACAAGUUUUUAGCCAUCCAGGGAUUAUUGUUUUAAUGGUCAGUACUUUUCCCUCUCCUGCACACAAACAUUCUUGCAAGACCAAUCGUGAUUAAUUGUAGUUGGUAGUUUUCCCCUUUAGUCUUUAAGGAAACAUUGAUAUUUGCUUGUAAAUAGUAGUUCGGACAAUGACGAGACAUCGAAUCAUAAAGAGAAAAAUGUCUUUGUGGUACAAAACGUUUUAUAAGCUGAUGUCCAAAACAAAGUGUCUGUUUUGAUAUACUGUAUGGAGGUCGGAUAGUUCAUCUGUACUUGUAUACUGAUUGUAGACCAAUAGACCUUAAGCUCUUUGAUACUUGAAAGGCCUCAAAUAUAAAAUUUGUAAAGAGAGGAAAAACUGGCCAAUUUGUAACAAUGCAGCAACAAUGCAAAUAUAGCUCAUGGGGCUAGUGACUCUAAUUAGUAAAUUAUUUGCAAAUUGGUAUAGUUUUUUUUUUUGUAAAUACACAAUGUCGAUAUUUAAAAAGCUCAGGAUUUUGAGCACCUCCUGUGGGCUUUUUUCGAUGGGCCCCCAUGUAACAAUGCAAUGUUUAUUAAAAGAUAUUUUUUUUCCAAAAUGCCAAUAAAAUACAUUUAUAUUAUA